ACAGAAUAUCGUUUCAAUUUUAAAUCAUCGUUUCGAUCUCUAUUUUAGUCUAUCUUUGUGCUUUUUGGAAAAAAAAAAGAACAUCCUUUUUACUGUUAUGUUUGCUAUACAGCUUUCACCUUUCUUCCUUCAUUAAGCAUUCCUUUAGAUCUUAUUUGUUUGUAUUUUUUUUUUUUUACAUUCUUUUAAUCUCUGGAUUUGCCUUUCAAGGGCAAUCUGGAUCAGUCAUAAGAUGCAGCCUGCUACGAUCAUUUUCCUUACUUGCGACAUCUUUUGUUUGUUAUCAACCGUUCUUAUCGCCUAUCCAGUCAUUCGUUAUCCCAAGAAAUUACGGACCUUCAUUGCUUGCUUUAGUUUAUCUACUUUACCCGCAUGCGUCGUCAACACGUUAACCCAAGAGGGCAUCUUGGCCGACAGAUGGAAUUCGCUCACUUAUCUCGUCAGUACUCUUCUGAUGUUCCUUAUGCAUUUUUGGAUGCUAUUAGAUCUCGCUCACCGGAUUCGAUACUCGGAAGCAUGUUGGCGGCAUUGGCUCGUUCGAUUAGCGCUUGCGGGGUUAUUGUUGGCCAGCACAUCACUUUUGCUGGAAAUUGGAUUCAUGUUUGCUCGCAACGAAGAUUUCCCGGUCAAAUCAGCCUUUAUCACCGGUGUAUUUUUCGCUAUUGUAAGCGACGGAGCCAUUUUUAAUUACACCUUUUUACCAUUGAUCCGUCUGGGAAAAAAUCGCACCGAGGAUUAUCACUCCAAAACGACUGCGCUGGGUCUCUGGUUUAUGGUAAUUCAGGGUAUUUGGUUCACACUUUACGGGGCAUUGUAUCUGUGGUUCAUUAUCUCCAACACAUGGAGCUUCUUCCGUAUCAUGCUCGCUUUUGACUACGUGUUCCGAUUCAUUUUGUGCUUGAUGUUCACUUGGCCGCCUCCGAAACGAAUUAUUCAAUACAUGACUUCGCAUUUAUCUACUUCCGCAGCAGAAGAGUCCACCAACCGUGGUUCGCGUAAAACAACCGCUUCGUGCAGUCACAAUAUGUCUUCUGAACGAUACAAUCACAAUGCUGAUGAAGAACUAGCGAUAAAAGAACCACCCAACAGUCACUCCAUCGACCCGUAUGCCAGUGACGUUGCCAUCCUCGCCGAAACCAGCGGCCUGGAAACAGUUAAAAUUGAUUGCAGCGAUAGAAAUUACUAUAAUAGGUGAUAUAAUGGUACCUAUUCCGCAGUAAUGGGGUGUGUUGAUAGAAAAGUAUGUGGAUUAUAUAUUUGCAGAAUAGAUAUCAUGAUUUCAGCCCAUUGAGCACGCGAAUCAAAGCAUGUCUUGGCACGCCCAAUAAUCUUAAAAAAGAAGCGCA